AUGGAGUUCUAUAUCCUCAUCUUACUAUUAUUGUGCAGUGUCCCCACAUCUUACACCUGUGGUCCAGGAAGAUUAUCAAAUUGGAGACGUUACCCCUCCUCCAGACAUGCGUCCAAAAAGUUGGUGCCAAUGGUGCUUUUUCAAGAAUGGCCAGAUGCAAGCGAAAAUGCCCUAAUUGCUAGUGGUCCUCCUGAAGGACGAAUUAUGCCUAAUGAUACUGAACGCAUGAAAGACCUCGUGGUCAAUUAUUCGCGGGAUAUUGUUUAUAAGGAUGAAGAAGGCACUGGGAUUGAUCGGUUGAUGACACAGAGGUGUAAAGAAAAAUUAAAUAUCUUGGCCAUAUCGGUUAUGAACCAGUGGCCUGGUGUGCGGGUACGAGUCACCCAAUCUUGGGAAAUUGAAGAAGGCCGCAGGCCACCAGGUUCCCUGCACUACGAGGGCCGGGCUCUCGAUAUCACCACAUCUGAUAGAGACAGAUCAAAAUAUGGCAUGUUGGCACGAUUAGCUGUGGAAGCUGGAUUCGACUACGUUUUCUAUGAAAGUAGGGGCCACAUUCACUGUUCUGUAAAAUCAGAAUCACCUCAAAAUGCUCGUUCUGGUGGCUGCUUCCCAGGCGAUUCAUUUGUUCAGACGUCUGACGGCAAGCGGCGCAAGUUAUCUGAACUCCAAACCGGUGAGCAAAUUCUCACCUGGGAUUCCAAGAGCGGCACACUUCGUUACAGCGAAGUUCUCAUGUUUCUGGACAGAGAUCCUUCCGAUCGGCGUAGUUUCAUACAACUACACACCGCAAAAGGAUUCACCUUAACUCUCACACCUUCCCACCUUGUCCCGGUGGUAAAUGAAGUUGGUAAGAACAAUAUCACUGGAUCCAAAGAAGUAUUUGCUUCAAAAAUAAAAUUAAAUGAUACAGUUCUGAUACGGGAUAAGGCUGAGAAUUUAGUACCUGAUACCGUAAAAAGCAUCAACUACGUCCGACGAAAAGGUGUAUUUGCACCACUCACUGUCACUGGUACAGUGGUAGUAGACAAUGUGGUUGCUUCUUGUUAUGCUGUUAUUAAUAGUCAAAAAACAGCCCAUUGGGCUUUUGCUCCUAUCCGAUGGUAUUAUAGGGUCAAAUCAGUCUUUGUUGACCCUGCAAUUUCUUCUACCACUAAUGAAGAACGUAAUUCUGGUACCAAAGGUGUUCACUGGUACGCCAAAGUUUUGUUGAGAUUAUCGAGAAUGAUUCUACCAAAAAGCAUGAUGUACUAUGAUUAUUAAAGAUCAUGGCGAAUAUACAGUAUCACUGUAAAUGCAAUAAGCAAAUAGCAAUCACAAUUGGUUUAUUGAGUAGGCAAU